AUGGACAUAAGCUCUCCGUGUGGUAAGUCGGUGUUGAAAAAUGUAGACAGCUUCCCAGGUUUGCAGCCCUCUGCGAACCAAGCACAAAGUCCUAAUAGUUCGCUUUCAGAUCGUUUGGUAAGUGACCUUGUAAAUGCUGUUGACGAGUCCUUGAAUAUCAAAGAUGUUGGAGAAGAGUCCUUGAAUAUCAAAGAUUUUGUUGAAGAGUCGUUGAAUCUCAAAGAUGUUGGGAAAGAGUACGUUGGUAUCAAAGAUGUUGGAGAAGUGGAACAUGCUUCUUCUAAUGAGGAAAUUAUUAGCGGCGUGGAGAAAAGAGACGCAUGCGAUGGUCCUAAAGCACAACAGGGAAAAAUCACUCAGACGUGCUUGAAUAAGUGUGUAACCUUUCCUAAUGCUAAUGGGGUGCUGCCUCGUAAUGCCUCAGAUAUGGCAGAGGAGGAACCCGAAACAGCCAUGCAGACACCUGCUCCUUUGAAGCUACUUUCUGCAAUGAAAGGCAGCCGGGAGAAAGAGGGGUUGUCACCUGGGAAACUUACUGUCACUUGGGCCCCUGAUGUGUAUGAUCCGCCUACUACAUCAAUGUCGCACACAGUUACAGGCAAGAAACAGCAGAAGUCAAAGAACAAGAAAAAUUGGAAGAGAGAUGGAAAGAAGGGGCAAAAGGGCAGCUCUUCUCGAGGAAAAGAGAAGAAGCAAUAUCGCAAAGGUGGGGCUUCUGAGAGGUCUCACAGAUAUCUGGAUUCCCGUGAGACAUUGGUUGGCACAAACAAUGAUUUUGGUGACCUUGUGGUUGGCAGCCCAGACCAACAUUCUUAUUGUGGGAGCUCCUUCUUGAAAAAUUCGCUCACAAGCAUGCAUUACCCAGUUGCAGAAGCCCUGUGA